AAUCUUACGCACUGUAGAUUUUGUAGACAAAUUUCCCCGUAAAAUGUCUCACUUUCGUGGAAUGCUAACAACCCCUGCUCACCAAAAAUGUAAAUAAUAAUUUUGGUAUUGGUGUUAUAACGUGUUCAGACACCAAUGUCACGUGAUAAAUAACGUUUUGCUUUGUAAGUUAAUUACGAGUAAUUAUGUUCGUUGCUGUAGUUUUAUUGUUUGCUUUCACUUCCACAUUCCACUCUUCCAUUCCACGAAAAGGAAGCCAAGGCUGACGUCUCAAUUCCGCGCACUUCCGCAAUUCCAUACAGUUUAGAGUACUUCAGUGCCUUCUCAAUACGCGCACUUCCAUCCAAACACGUGUUGAGUGCGUACCGCUGAGUGCACUGCGCAGCGCUGCCGGUCCGUACUGUGGAAGUACACUGAACAGAAGAAGCGGGGUCCAUGUGUAUUUUGGCAGGUGUUGGCGGGACACAACCCUGACGUGUCGCUUGAUAAGAAAUGUCUUUUGCGUGAGCCACGUUGUCAGACUCAGAAAGCAUGUCGGGACUCAACGCCUCACUCGGCUACUUCCUCGCCUGCGUGGCUUUCGCCGCCUCGCUGCGGCCGCUGCUCGGGAAAUGGCCUCGCUUGGCUUUCCUGUUGGAGUUCGCCUCCUCCUUCAUGCUGGUGGCGUGCCGGUUGGAGGUGCAGACCAUCGUGGAGGUGGGCGAGUGGGCCGGGGGGCUGGGGCCCGACGUGACGGCGACCGUCCUCUUCGCGGUGCUGCUGGCGCACGGCGUGGUCAGCGGGGACGCUUCGGGGAACCCCUGCCUGAUCCUGAGGAGGUUCCUGCAGCUGGAGGCCACGGCGCUGGACACGGUCCUGGCAGUAGGCUCCCAGUUUCUCGGGGCCCACCUCGCCAUCCUCGUGGCGGGGUACUACUGGAGCCUGGAGCUGACCGACAUGCACUUGAUCAAGAACUUGAUGUCCAGCGAGUGCAGCACGUCCCUGCUGGUCUCCUUGACGCAGGGCUUUUUCACAGAGUGCGUGUGCGCCCUGGUCUUUAACCUCGUGCACCUCUUCCUGAGACGGAGGUCCGCUCUCAUCCGGGUGCCUCUUCUCGCCAUCCUCCUCGCCUUCUUGGCCCACACAGCCAAAGAUUACACCGCAGCUUACAUCAACCCGUCGUUGGCCUACGGGCUCACUUUCUUUUGUCCUGGAUUCACCUUAGCGGAGUACGCCUUGGUCUACGGGCUGGCCCCUGUCACAGGAAUGACACUGGCGCUCCUCCUGUACAUGGGCCACAUUCCCAGGAUGUUUGCCAAGAACCUGCUGUCCUUUCAGAAGACACGUUCCAAAGUGCCCAAAGGAGGCGCAAAAGAGAAGAAGAAAUGAGCUUUUUAUUUUUAUUUUAUUUGUUUGAACACGCUCCCGUUUACAUGUAACAUGAUUAAUAAAAAAAUGCUACUAAAUGGGGAGUAACAAAAAAACAACAACAGGAUGUUUGCGAAU